AUGUCAUCUGAAUGCAUUUGGUACAAAUCCACAAACAAACUCAAAAUCGGUGGUGUCAGCCGGUAUAAAAUUAGGUUUGAGAGUUCUGAUGACUCCCGAAAAGAAAUAUAUCUACGUAUCAAGAACUUAACCAACACGAGUCUUCGGGCAAUCCACUUGCUAAACGGACCUCUUGCCUUCUACUGCCAUGUCAUUCCUGGAAAUUAUUCUCACAGGCAGAAGUUUAGUCCUACUGAAGAAAAUGGUGAUGGUGAAGUUUAUUUCCGAAAUUCCGUCAAACCCGGUCAAACCUGUAACGUCAGGCUUUUGUUGAACAAGAACAGUCUUGUGGAAGAGAAAAACAGUUUGAAAAUUUAUGAGUGGUACUGCGAUGUAGUAUCCCAAAUUGUUCUCAAUAGGAGAGUAACCAUGACCUUUAUACUUGUGAUUGGAGAUGAUCUUCCCCAGAUGAGAAUGCUCACGCGAUCGACUCUAACAAAUUUGUCCAAGGGAAAUUUCCAAGCAUUGGAGAACGAAAGAUUCAAAUAUGAUACUAAAUAUUUUAGUCAUCCAGGAUUGGACGUGGAUUAUCAAUCGGAGGUGGACAUUUGGAGUGGGCCGCCUCCGAAUCCCGAUAAGCCGAUCCAUUUGGUCAUUCUCACUCAUGGAAUAUUUUCUAAUUUGACAGCAGACAUGUUGUACGUCCGAGAUGAGCUUUCGAAAUUGAAGAACGAGAACGUUGUCGUUGAAGGCUACCGUGACAAUGCCGGUCGAACUGAAAAAGGUAUUCACCGACUUGGUGCCGGGGUAUCCAACUAUGUCACCGGGCUCAUUGAAGAGUACCAGAGCAAUGGGACAGUUAUUGAUAGCAUUUCUUUUGUGGGACAUUCACUUGGAGGGCCAGUUCAGUUGUAUGCACUUAAACAUAUUCUUCAGAUCAAGGGAAAUAACUACUUCCAAGAUAACAACAUCAAGCUACGGCAUUUUGUCUGCAUGGCCAGCCCGAUGCUUGGUGUAUUGAGUGAAAUGAGUCUCUUGAUUUCGUGGUUUUUAGACUUGGGCACAUUGGGAAAGACUGGGCGUGAUUUGACAUUGCUGAAAAAACUCCCACAUUACACCAAACAUUCCGAAGGGCUGAAACGAUCAAUGUUUGCCCCUGUCCUCGAGACCUUACCCGAUGAGCCAAUCCACACACUUUUAAAGCAAUUUGAACUGAGAACAGUGUAUGCUAACGCAGUUAAUGAUGGUAUUGUUCCAUUGAGAACAAGUGCCCUUCUAUAUCUUGAUUGGGAAGCAAUGGGUGACGUGAAUGCCAUAAAGGAAAACAAUGAAAUUGUUGAACCUCACCACUCAAGACUUCUGACGGAAACCAAUGCUAGUGGAAACGAUGUUGGAGAAGUCGAAGAUGAUAGUCACACAAGCAUCGCAAAAAAGUACUCCAACUUCUUGACUUCCACUUUGAACAUCAAUGGUGACAGAAAAAUUGGUUCCCCAGAUAAGAAGAGGCAUAGAUUGACCAAGCGGGCCAGGCGCUAUGCAAAAAUCAACGCUAAGAGCAGUGACAGUACCACUUCUGAUGUAGAAGAUGACAUCGAUGAUAACGAAGCAGAAACGACAGCAUCGGAUACCAGCCCUACACAGGUUAAUAUUCCUCCAAAAGCAUCAGCAGUUGAAUCAGCAUUUAACACACUUCUUUGUCCUAUACCAUCGAGUGGUUAUAUUAUGAUUCCUGAUACGAGGAGCCCUGUCAUUUUUCACGAUAAGUACUACCAUUUCAGCAAGAUCCCUCCUGAAGAAAAGAAAACUGGAGGGCUACUCAAAUUCUUCAAGUACACAGACUGGAGAAUGGAUAAGCAGGUGAAGAUCGCCCGCAAAUAUCAUGCACCUGAGCUCAGUUGGAGAAAAGUGUUGGUUAAACUUCCUCCAGAUGCACAUAAUAAUAUAGUUGUACGACGCAGGUUUGCGAAUGGCUACGGGUGGGGGGUAAUUGAUCACUUGACAGAUGAAAUUUUCUCUCCAGCAAGAAUCAGGGCAAAAAUAUGA